AUGCGCCCACACGAAAUCAAUCAAUUUUUGAUCUACUGUAUUUUGUUUCUGUUCAUGAUGCUCAUCGUCUCCAUAAUUUUGCUUUUCGUGUCGAGACCCAUUUACAAAUUUAAAUGCAAAUAUUUUCCCGGUGAUCAGGAAUAUGAGCUUCUCGUAUGA